AUGUCUUCCUCUCUAACACAUCUUCUCCCUCCAUCCGCACCACCGACUACCACAGCACAGAAAUCUCACCGCCUCCUGACACCCACGACGAAUCCUAUCCCCUUGCUCUCCUCUGCGUGGGCAAAGAGAUACAGCUACAUUCAUACCGUCCUCGUCCCAGGGUACUACUAUAUCCGCACGUCAGCUCUGAUCGCAGACCCGUUCAACACCCUGCUCAGCGAUCUAGGCGUCAUCGCCGUGCUACAAUGUCUCUUCUGCGCAAUUUGCCUGCCACACGCGGGAGGUUGGGUGUCCGGCACGAGUGGAGGCCCAAUCCUAGAAGGGAGCGCUAGUCCCACGGCAGCAAGACCGAAGACAACCAAGGGAAGCGGGACUCUAGUGGGAAGCAUGCGGCGCAAGAACCUCGCCGGCGGAAAAAGUGCAAGUAAAGGGGGUGCCGCAGCCGGAGCGGGAGGGGAGGGCAGCUGGAGGGGCCGCAUCACGCCAACUCUAUUCUCGCUGAUCCUGACGCUCACACUGCCACCCCUACCUCUCACGCUGAUCGCCUUGGUCCUCGGCGCGCCGCUCUACCCCACGUCCUCGAUGCCACUGACCCUCCUUCUCGGUCUCCAUGUCUCGGUCCUAGCCUUCCUUCCCCUCUUCUACACCCACGGCGUGUCCUCCUCUGCCUGGCGCGACGUGUCCGCCGCGUGGCUGCCCUUCGACGCCGCGGGCGUGUGGGGCGGCAGUGUAGGCGCAUUCCUCGGCGGCUGGGUAGGCGCCAUACCCAUGGCCCUGGAUUGGGACCGUGAGUGGCAGAAGUGGCCCUGCACUGUCGUCUGGGGAGUUGUACUGGGCCAGGCCGUCGGGCGAGUCCUAACCGGUGGACUUGGUUGGGGCAUCGGCAAGAGGAUUGAUUUGAGUGAAAAUCAGGAGGAUGACGAGUAUGUGGCCGUGGAGAUGGACCAGCGAGGGGAUGGACACGUCGGGAACCAGACCGACAAGGAGGCCAGAAAGGAGUGA